AUGGCUUUGUUACUGCCACCACUCCAUUUUUCAACUUCCUAUCUCAGCACAAGCACCAUUGUGGCUCUCUGUGUAUUCUUCACUCUCCUAGGAGCUUGUGUCAUCAUUGGCCAUCUUCUGGAAGAGAAUCGGUGGGCUAAUGAAUCCAUCAUUGCCCUCCUUCUGGGGUUGUGUGCUGGAACGGUGGUGUUGUUUGUGACUAACUUUCAAAGUGCCAAGAUUUUAAUAUUCAGUGAAGACUUGUUCUUUCUUUACUUGCUUCCCCCGAUCAUUUUCAAUGCCGGUUUCCAAGUCAAGAAGAAACAGUUCUUCAAGAAUUUCACCACUAUACUGCUCUUUGGAGUCAUUGGAACAGUUAUUUCAUUCUGUCUGAUAUCUGUUGGUGCCCUUAUGCUCAUUCAGUGGAUUGGAAUAGCUAACCUUGGCAUAAAAGAUUACCUUGCCAUCGGUGCCAUUUUGUCAGCAACGGACUCAGUUUGUACAUUGCAGGUUCUCAAUCAAGAUGAAACACCCUUGCUUUACAGCAUUGUAUUUGGGGAGGGAGUAGUAAAUGAUGCCACUUCCAUUGUGCUUUUCAAUUCGGUCCAAUCCCUUGACUUCACCAGCAACAACUCUAUGACAGCCUUGAAAUUGUUAGGGACCUUCCUUUACCUCUUCUGCACUAGUACUGCCCUUGGCGUAGGAGUUGGCCUUUUAAGUGCUUAUAUUAUUAAAGCACUUUACCUAGGAAGGCAUUCUACUGAUCGUGAACUUGCACUUAUGAUGUUGUUGGCAUAUUUGUCAUAUAUGAUUGCCGAGUUAUUCACUUUAGAAAUUCAAGAUAUAUAUACAGACAUAUGUGUGGCUUCUGCAGCUUUUGAGUCUCAGUGGGAUUUUGACUAUUUUCUUCUGUGGCAUUGUUAUGUCACACUACACUUGGCACAAUGUUACAUUAAGCUCAAGGACAACCACCAAACAUUGACAAAUGGAAAAGCAGCAAAGGCAGGAACUUCAGUUGCUGUGAGUUCAGCUUUGUUUGCAUUAGUGUUGAUUGGAAGAGCAGCUUUUGUGCAAGUGCCUGAUAUAAGGUUUAAUUUUGCAGUAGCCAAGAGGACAUCAACACAAGACUCUGCAUUUAUGAUCACCUCUACUAUAAUUGUGGUCUUAUUCAGCACUGUGGUAUUUGGCUCCAUUACAAAGCCUCUGAUAGAGGCUGUGCAACUAAGGCAUUCAAAACCAACCAGUUUUGAUUCCACUGAUAACGUAGAAGAUUUGAGAUUCCUGUUGCUUGAAAACACUGGUCCCCUUAAUCAAAACAACAAUCGGCCAUUUCAAAGGCAAAGUAGAAUAGGUACGCUAAUGAGUCAUCCAAGCAAAACUGUUCACUACUUCUGGAGGAAAUUUGAUGACAAGUUUAUGAGACCUGUGUUUGGUGGAAGGGGUUUUGUGCCAUUUGCUCCUGUCGAAGAAUGA